AUGCCAUUGUUGACAACUUUUGAUAUGGCAGAAUUAGGCACAUCGUUACAGAGAGUGCCUUGGGGAAUAUGGGCAUUAUUACCGAUUAUUCUUCAGGCGAUAUUUAGAAGAAGAGGAGGAUACCGUUACCGUAGUUUUAUAUCUUUAGUUUGUUUGAUGAUUUCAGCGCUUUACGGAGUGGCAGCCUCUGUGACGUUACCGAUUCUUGGAAAAGCGCACUUGAUAAAUUGGACGGUGGCUCGUUUUCACAAGAUGAUCAAUAAACGCUUUCUCGACAUUGGCUCUCAGGUCGAAGGAGAAGAGAAUUUCGCAAAGGACGGUCAAUCGGCCAUCUAUGUUUGUAAUCAUCAAACCUUAUUGGAUAUUGUUUAUAUGGGCGCCGUCUUCCCCAAAAGUACGUCGGUUGUUUCAAAAAAGGCACUCAAGUAUUACCCCAUCCUUGGCUGGUUCAUGAUCUUGAGCAAAUCCAUCUUUUUAGACCGUACCAACCGCGAGGGAGCCAUUAAACAAGCCAGACAGGCAGCAGAGGACAUUCACCGAAAGAAGACAAGUGUGUUUAUUUUUCCUGAGGGAACUCGUAGUGGAGUUGAGAAGGUUGAUUUGUUGCCGUUUAAGAAGGGUGCGUUUUACAUGGCAACACAAGCCAAGGUACCCGUCAUCCCUAUUGUUGUUGCCAAUUAUAAGGAAAUUUUCAACCCCAAGCAAAAACACUUUGGUUACGGCGAUAUCAAGAUCAGGGUUUUACCGGCUAUUGAAACAAAGGACGUAUUAGAAGAUUCGGCAUCGAUUGAUACAUUAGCAAAUAACGUGAGAGAUCAAAUGCUGACAGCUUUAUUGGAAAUAUCUUCACAAGAAGAUGCCAAAACUAAAUAA